GGAUGACCUCAUUCAGGGGCAGACUGAAAGGGAGGGGAAGAAAGAGGGAGAGAAAAAGGAAGCAGUCUGCUAUAAAAAAAAUUCUCCACACUGAAACUUUCAAAAAGAGAAAAGACUAUAAGAAAGCCGGUGAGGAUCAACCGAUUGGGAAUGAGAGCGAGAGAUAAAGAAAUAGGGAGGAAUAACACGAACCUGACUCUGAGUAUACUGCACAACUGAUGAGAACAUCAAAUAGUACGUGUUUGAGGCCUUGGGGGCCUUCAUUGACCAAGGAGGGAGAGCAGGUGGGCACUUCUGGUCCUGGAGGGUUGCAGUGUGUACAGGCUUUUAUUCCAACCCUCAGAGCCCUGACAGAGAGAGAGAGAGCAUGUCUUCUAACUUGGACUCCAGUCUAACCAGCAUAGACUGGCUCCCCCAGCUGGGAAUCAGCUCACUGCGAUCAGGAAGAGAGAGAGGAGGAGAAGAGGGGGAGAGAAAGAAAGAGAGAGGGAGGGAGAGAAGUGAUCUUCCUCCAUCCAUCCCUGUCCCCUUUCCUUCCUCUGGAUCCAAAGCCAAGCCCCCUCACAGCUAUGCCACCCUCAUCGCCAUGGCGAUAGGUGCCGCCCCUAGCAGGAAGUUGAGUUUGAAUGAUAUCUACAUGUGGAUCAGUGACAUGUUCCCCUACUACAGCAGAUCUGCCAGGGGAUGGAAGAACUCCAUCCGCCAUAACCUGUCCCUCAAUAAAUGCUUCCGGAAGGUUCCUCGACCCCAAAGUGACCCUGGGAAGGGUUCCUAUUGGAUGAUGGAUGGCUCCUCAGAGCCCAAUCCCGUGAGAGGAACCAAGCGUCCGUAUCCAGCUGAAGAGGAGGAGGGGUCCAUCCAGGUCCCCAAUGUCUCAGUGAUGCAGGCAGAGAAACAGCAUUCACCUCAGACAGACCAUUAUAGGCCUUUAGCAUCUCCACAGACAGACCAUUAUAGGCCUUUAGCGUCGCCACAGACAGACCAUUAUACGUCUUUAGCAUCUCCACAGACAGACCAUUAUAGGCCUUUAGCGUCGCCACAGACAGACCAUUAUACGUCUUUAGCAUCUCCACAGACAGACCAUUAUAGGCCUUUAGCAUCUCCACAGACAGACCAUUAUACGUCUUUAGCAUCUCCACAGACAGACCAUUAUAGGCCUUUAGCAUCUCCACAGACAGACCAUUAUAGGCCUUUAGCAUCUCCACAGACAGACCAUUAUAGGCCUUUAGCAUCUCCACAGACAGACCAUUAUAGGCCUUUAGCAUCUCCACAGACAGACCAUUAUAGGCCUUUAGCAUCUCCACAGACAGACCAUUAUAGGCCUUUAGCAUCUCCACAGACAGACCAUUAUAGGCCUUUAGAAUCGCCACAGGAACCCAGUCAACAACUAUCCCCCCCACCAUGCAAGCAACGGCCACCCCAUAUGCAGUCCCCUGUCUCCUCUCUCCCUGUCCCCCAUGAUACUGUCUCCCCAGCUACUGCCUCUGCUACUCUCUCUUCUCUUUCUGUCCCUCACUCUCUCCACUCUCUUUCUGUCCCUCACUCUCUCCCCUCUAUUUCUAUCCCUCACUCUCUCCCUUCUCUUUCUGUCCCUCACUCUCUCCCUUCUCUGUCUGUCCCUCACUCUCUCCCCUCUAUUUCUGUCCCUCACUCUCUCCCCUCUAUUUCCAUCCCUCACUCUCUCCCUUCUCUUUCUAUCCCUCACUCUCUCCCUUCUCUUUCUGUCCCUCACUCUCUCCCUUCUCUUUCUGUCCCUCACUCUCUCCCCUCUCUUUCUGUCCCUCACUCUCUCCCCUCUCUUUCUAUCCCUCACUCUCUCCCCUCUCUUUCUAUCCCUCACUCUCUCCCCUCUCUUUCUAUCCCUCACUCUCUCCCCUCUCUUUCUGUCCCUCACUCUCUCCCCACUCUUUCUACCUCUCACUCUACUGUCUCCUCUUCUGUCUCCCCUCAAACUCUCCCUUCUUCUGUUCCCGCUCUCUCUGUUCCCGUUCUGUCUGUUCCCUCUCUUUCUGUCCCAUCUCUUUCUGUUGCCCCCACCUAUGCCUCGUCACACUCCUGUGAUCCCCUUCUCCGUUUCUCCUUCUCUGAUCUGAACCUGCCAGACCUCUACACCUCCUUCCAGUCCCUCUGCAGAAGCGUCAGGGAGAGAGUGGCCUCGCAAUCGGACGUGGGUCCAUUAUUUGUGUUGACCAAUGACAGUACCCCACUGCACACCCCAACCCUCCCCCUCUUUCCCCUCACCCUGUACCCUCUGUAGCGCCCGGGCCUCCUCCUGAGGCAGACAGACUGUCUCACAGCAGUGUGGUGCCAGCAGACUGGUUCAGUACUACAGACACUCUGAAGGAGAGCUUUAGGGUCGCCAGCAAUCUGGACUGGGCCAACAUUGACCUCA